AUGACAUAUUCUACCAAGUCCUACGGCGUGCAAGAGGUGUCUGGAGAACGGGAUGCCAGGAUCCUCCUUGCCUCCUUCUAUUUCCUGUAUUUUUCUCCCGCUUUUUCUUCUUGUUUCCUCGCAGUCAGAUUUUCUCUUCCGGUCACCAGUUUCUUGUUCUUUUACAUUGUUUCUCGACAUUCUUUCGAUAGCCGUUUUGCCAAUCGUUCAUUAUCAAGUCUCUCAUUGUUGGCCCCAGGACCUUUCUGGCUCUGUAUUUUUUACAUCCUGUUCAUCCUAGUCGCUCUAUUCAUCUCUGAACUCCUGUCAAUAGAGGGAUCCAGUAGUGACAGAAAUCCUAUUCCAUAA